UUCAGACUUCAGAGUAGAAGUGCAAAGAGAACACGUGGUUAUAUAAAUGUACUUGAGCCCUAGUGCUAGCAGAUUCGCCGCGAGCUUAUCGCUUAUCAUCAGAGCCCCUCCCUCUCCUCCUGCCCCCCCUACCCUUGUGUCGCGAUCCAUCCAAACCAGCAGCGGGGGUGCUUGAAGCGAAGGUCGCCAUGUCGGACUCCGAGGAACACCAAUUCGAGUCCAAGGCCGAUGCGGGCGCGUCCAAGACCUACCCGAUGCAGGCCGGUGCCAUCCGCAAGAACGGCCACAUUGUCAUCAAGAACCGCCCCUGCAAGGUGGUUGAGGUUUCUACCUCGAAGACUGGUAAGCACGGUCAUGCUAAGUGUCACUUUGUUGCCAUAGAUAUCUUCAAUGGUAAAAAGCUUGAGGAUAUUGUUCCAUCAUCCCAUAACUGUGAUGUUCCACAUGUGGACCGCACUGAGUAUCAGCUGAUUGACAUAUCAGAGGAUGGAUAUGUGAGCCUUCUUACUGACAAUGGUAACACUAAGGAUGAUCUUAAACUCCCAACUGAUGAGAAUAUCCUGCGUCAGAUUAAUGAAGGAUUUGCGGAGGGUAAGGAUCUUGUGCUGACCGUCAUGUCGGCCAUGGGGGAGGAGCAGAUCUGUGCGCUAAAGGACGUCGGCCCCAGGUAACUUCCUCAUGUCGGCCAUGGGGGAGGGAUCCAUUAUAUGUAUCAACAAGGAAUGCUGUCGAGACAUUCACCUAAGCCUGAGACGAGUGCAGUGAUUGCUGGGUAUAGCAUGUCUGAUUUUCCUGUGGUUUUAUUAUGUGCUUGGUAAUAUCAAUAAUUGAUUGAUUUGGAGACGACGGUGGAAACUGUAUGCCAGACAAAAUGAGAAAUUACUAUUGUGGAUUUCAUGUGUGUGCUUCCUC